AUGGCCGGGCAGGGCUGGCCCUGCCCAGCAGGAGGGUUGCAGGAGGGACCAGCGGGCGGGCGGGCGGACUGGGACAGCUGCGACUCCCGACGCGAUGCCGCGCCCCUCCCCCCUAAACGCGCAGCCUACGCGAGCCCCGCGGGGCUUUCAGGAGGGCGGCCCGCGGCCAAUCAGAACUCCCACCCGGCCCGCUUGACGUCGGGCGCCAGGGCCCGCAGCGGGGGAGGAGGGCGUGGCCUCCGGAGACCGGUCGGCCAAUCGAGGCCGUCCGGAAGAACGGCGGGGCGUUGCCAAGAUGAGAUUCUACUGCAGGUGCUUUCCAAAGACCCAUACUACACCAAUUUUGUUGAAGGAGGGACCGCAAUCACGAGGAGCCACUUGAAUGAAAAUCUCAUUGCAGGAAAGAAGAAGGAUAAACAAUCCUCUCUGUUCCACAGAGCUGUCACUGAGCUGUCACUGACUACUGUAGAUAAGGAGAGUCUUCAUGGAACAGUUAGUCAAGAGGCUCGCGACAGGAACCUGCCGUGCGGGCCACUUCUGCACUUCCUGCAGAAGAACAUCAUCGUUGCGGCCCUCGCAGCAGUGGCGAUCCUCGCGGUCAUCGUGCUGUUGCUGCUCAUGUUGGCCACGUACAUCAGGAGGAAACAGCCUCUACAUCCUCCAGCCAAUAUGACAUACAACAUUUUUAUAAUGAAUGGAAAGACGUGGUGGCAAAAGUCCCCAGAAGCGGAUAUCAGAAAAAUCUUAGAAAAACAGAAACAGUUGAGGCCCGAUUCCUGUGCCUAA